AUGAUUCUGGACUGGGAAGGUAGCGAGAACUCGACAGAAUGCUUGUGUUCCGAUAUUCAAAGAGACGAUUAUUCGCCGUUUUUUGAGUGGGCCAACUAUUUGACGAUCAUUCUUGCCCUUCCCGUCCUCUCAGUAUUCGGCGUCCUGACCAACAUCAUCAAUGUAUUCCUCUACACAAGAAAAAGGCUUCAAAACUCGGCCAACACCUAUCUCCUAUUUCUGGCUUGUAGUGAUUUCAUGGUCAUCGUGACUGGUCUCUUCAUUUUUUGGAUCGAUUCUGCAAGGUCAUACAUUCCUGAGCUCACACAGGCUCCAUACACGACGGUUUACACUCUCCCGUUUGGAUAUAUGGCUCAGACGUGCAGUAUUUAUUUCACAGUCGCAGCCGCGGUGGAUUGUUUCAUGAAUGUUUGCUGGAAAACGCAAGCCAAGCAUUACUGUUCCGUCCGUCGAGCAAAAGAGAUUUGCAUUUCCAUUGUGGUCCUUUCGAUUCUGUACAACUCUCUUCGAUUUCCACAAUUCAAUCUUCGCAAGUGUUUCAAUGACAUCACCAAGGAAGAAGUCAUUGAAAUCUGUCCAACGUCUCUUUUUGUAACUAUCAAUUCGGUUUACAAUAUCUAUAUGUACAUGGUUCUUAUGACGCUCCUCCCCUUUUUCUUCCUUUUGUGUAUCAACGCUAUCAUUGUAAAAAGGCAGUCAAAAGCCAAAACCGAUGGAUCUGCUCCGAAGAACGAGGGAACUUCCGAUGACACUAUUACCAUGAUCAUGGUUGUUAUUUUGUUCUUGGCUUGCAAUACGUUGGCUCUGGUUGUGAACUUCAUUGAAAACUUCACCGAACCAUCUCCAGUCCUUCUGAACUUCCUCUCGGAUACUAGCAACUUUUUAGUGGUUUUCAAUUCUUCUGUCAACUGUAUCAUCUAUUUUAUUUUCAAUCAGGACUACAGAGAUGUCUUCAAAAUCUAUUGGAAAAAAGUAAAGCGAGUGCUGUACGAGGAAUACUGUUGUUGUUGUGUAUCAUCUGGCUCGCGAAGCUACUCGGCAUAUCAGCCAGUAUCGACGAGACUCGUUAUAGAUAAGCGAAGUUCGAGAAACCAAAAAGAAAUUUUAAUUCAGGUACAAAACGGAAGCAGCAGUACGAAAUUGAUCCUCCCAUCGUUGGAUUUGAACAAAAACGAUCAAGCCAGUUUUGCCGAAUCCGAAAGCCCGGCAUUUCCAAUCUGGCAACCACUAACGACGAUAAACCUUCCCAAUGUCGACUGGCCAAAUAUUGACGAUGAAAUUGAUUCUGGAUGGGACGAUGGUAGUCAGAUAUCCUCCCGAACCCCAAAACGAUGGCUCGCCGAAGUGAAUAUUGUCAACAUGGAGUCUUCUGAAUGUCAUCCGAGAAUCUACGUCCGCCCUUUAAAUCAGUUGUCCAAAAAUGAAACUAUCUCAAUUACUGCUCUCUAG